CUGACAACUAUUGGUUGAUGACACGUUUUACCCUGAUCAUGUGAUCUGACUUAACUCUUGAUUUCCUGCCAACCAACCUUGGGAGAUCAUGACCAACCGGCUGAGCAGCUCUGGCCGCUCCCACACCGAGGACUCCAUCUUCCUGAAGCCGGAGGAGGACCCCGUGUGGCUGGACGAGCCCACGGGCGCCGACAGGCUCCGCGACCUCCGCGCCACCGCCGCCAAGCGGAGCGUGUCCCUCGGGCCCCAGGCGGGGGGGCCCCCGGGGGGCCGGCAGGCGGCGGCGGCGGCGGCGGAGAGGGGGCCCCAGGUGAAGGCGGUGCAGAAGACGUACGGCCUGGUGCUGGAGCUCCAGCGCUGGGCAGCCGUGCUCGUCCUCUCCCAGGUCACGGGUUACUGGCUGUUCUUCGUGAUGGAGGGAAACGGCCCCGCCUCCUCCGUCUAUAAAGUCCUGCAGGUGGUGGACUUCUACCUCGGCUGCAUCUUACCCUGCAACCCCGUCUUUGGAGUGGACUCCGCGAGGCAGUUGAUGACGGAGGUGGCUAGCACCAAGGAACACCACUGGGUCGUCCUGGGCACGGCGGGGGUUGGCGGAGCCAUCUGCGUGCUUAUGGUGGUGCACAUGGUGUGCAAGUGGAACUCGGGCUGCGGCCUGUGGCCCGCGGCGACCGUCUCCGUGGAGAACUGCGACCGGCGCCAGUCGGUGAGCCGGCAGCCGUCCUUCACGCUGUCGGAGUGGACGGACGCCCAGGAGGACCUGAUGGACCUGGACCCCGAGCCCCAGACCCCCGUCUUCGACCUGGGGGCGGAGCCGCGGGGGGAGGGCGACGCCGCCACGCUGACCGUCACCUCGGUGGGGCUGCAGGAGAGGAGGGGGUCCAACGUGUCUCUGACCCUGGACAUGUGCACCCCCGGCUGCACCGAGCCCUACGGCUACGGGGCGCAGCUGUCCCCGCGGGACCAGUCGGCCAAGGAGUACCUGAGGGAGGGGGCGUACCCCCUGACCCCCGCCCUGCUGCACGCCUGGGCCCUGGACGACCAGGGCCUGCAGGCACAGUUCUACGAGACACCGAUGAACUUUGUGGACCCCAAGGAGUACACCUACCCAGGACUGGUGAGGAAGAACCGCUACAAGACCAUCUUACCAAACACACACAGCAGAGUCAUCCUGGAUUCCCAAGACGAAGACGACUUCCUCAGCACUUACAUCAACGCUAAUUACCUAAAGGGCUACGGAGGCGAGGAGCGGGCCUACAUCGCCACGCAGGGCCCCACGGUGAACACGGUGGGCGACUUCUGGAGGAUGGUGUGGCAGGAGAGGUGCCCCAUCGUAGUGAUGAUCACCAACCUGGAGGAGAAGAACGAGAAAUGUGCAGAGUACUGGCCUGAGGACUCUGUUACCCACGAGGGGAUUGAGAUCACUGUUGUCACGGUAACCCAGGAGGAUGACUACAGCAUGAGGGUGUUCACUCUGAAGCGUGGGGAAGAGGAGCGCAGUCUCCGGCAGUAUUGGUACACCUCCUGGCCCGACCAGAAGACCCCAGAUAAAGCUCCGCCCCUUCUCGAGCUGGUGCAGGAAGUGGAAAUGGCCAGGGAGGAUGCCCCCGCCACCAGCGGCCCCGUCAUCGUCCACUGCAGCGCUGGGAUUGGUCGGACCGGAUGCUUCAUUGCCACCUCCAUCCUCUGUAAGCAGCUGAGGACAGAAGGGGUGUUGGACAUCUUGAAAACCACGUGCCAGUUGCGACUGGACAGAGGGGGUAUGAUCCAGACGUGUGAGCAGUACCAGUUCGUGCACCACGUCCUGAGCCUCUACGAGAAGCAGCUGUCCCGCCCUGCGGAGGAGUAGACGCAGCGGACCCCCUGAGACACACCACUGUACCCCUGGAUCACCGCCGCUGCCGCUGGUGGCCAUGAACCCCCCCCCUAAACACACACACCACCCUGGCCACAGAGCUGCACCUCUCCAAGGUUCAGAAAGACCAGAAGAAGAUAAGCUUUGCUGUGUUUUGUUUUUGUUUCAGUUGCUCCACCUGUGAUGCAUGUCCUGAUCACUCAUUGAUUCAUGUUCUUCUCUGGGUGGUGCCAGUGAGCCCCGUUCAGUAGACCGGGUGGAGGGAGGGGGGAGUGCUUUCUGAACCCGGGAGGUCCGACUCUGCCCCCCUUUAAACCGUCGAGCCGGCUGACCGCUCAGGAGGGACGAGGGUUGACGUCGUACUGAACAUCCAAAUGUCUCCAUCCCCUUCUUACCGUUGACACCAUACACACAAAGCAUUUCAAACACAUGCUCAUUCGACUCGUUUUGUCUGCACACGUUUGUCCAGAAAAAUGUCACCGACCAGCGAAUGCUUUCUCUUUCCGAACAACGAUAAAAAUGGUCUUCAUUUUAAUGUAGAAAAUAUAUAUAUAAAAAAAACACAAAAAAUGAACAAAAAAAACAACAACCCAGAUGCAUUUGAGAGCCAUCUCAUCUUCAGGUUGCAUGGUGCUAAGUAUUCAUUUUUUAAAGCAUGUAAACGUAACCAAACUACAAGGAAUGUAUUAACAAUUAGGUAAUUCAAUGAUUAAAUAACAAACAAAUUCUAGGCAUUCUUCUGAACAGUCUAAAGCAUUACAGUAUUACCAUGUUGUCAUAUAUCUAUAAAUAUCUAUAUAAAUCUAUAUAUAGAUCUAUAUAUAGAUCUAUAUAUCUAAAUAUUUAUUAAGAGAAAGCGAGAGAGAGAGAGAGAGGACGAAAGAAAGAAAGAGAGCGAGAGAGAGAGAGAGAACGAAAGAAAGAAAGAGCGAGAGAGAGAGAGAGAGGACGAAAGAAAGAAAGAGAGCGAGAGAGAGAGACAGAUAGAGAGCGACAGACAGAGUGAGAGAGAGCGACCUUGAACCUUCCCUUGUCUGUCUCUCUGUCUCUCUGUGAAUCCAUGACAUCACUCUUUCCAGCAGUAGCCUGAACACUUUCAUGCGUGCAGGGAGACGUCCAUGGUAGUUGUAUAGAUAGGGCCAGGCCUGAUCCAUAUGAAGCACAAUAGAUCAACUUAAGGUUGUCUCUCGGAUGUUCCGCUGUGAAACAGUCUUUUCUUUCUGUAUCGUGUUUUGACUGUGUUGAGUUUUAAUGGUUUGCAUGUAUCGUAUGGGACUACAUAAGGUCCACAAUCAAAGCGACGUGAUUGGUUGUCCGGCUUUUCGUUGUGUAAAGGGUUUUAGCCUAUUAUAUUGCUUGUUCUCUGCCAAUGCUUUUGAUACUGCUUGCUUUUGUGAAACCAACCAGAGAUAUUUUUAGAACAUUUUGAUACAACCCUUUCAAGUAGAGGCCUUGUGUAUAUUUAUGUUUAUACCAUGAUGGAAUGUAGCUCAUACUGUUGGUCCAAUCAUUGGUUUAUAUCGCAGGAUUUCAGAAUAGAAACAUGUGACAGUUACCUAAAUUAUGUUUCAACAUGAGGGAAAAAAAUCUUUAGGUUGAGUCUUCAGUAUUGGAAAUGAAUACCUUAAGGCUGUGCUUUGAUAUGCUUUGCUUUCUGUGUUUGUUAUUACCUUUUUUUCUUGAACUAUUUUUACCUCAGACUUGGUAGACAGUCAUAAAAACCCUCCCAUUGACACACACACAGACAAUCACACACACACACACACACACACACACACACACACACACACACACACACACACCCUUCCAUUCGUUAUCAAAAGCCGCUUUCUUUCGGUUGACAACAUGAGAAACAAUUGUGAAAUGUAAGGCAGCUAAACAGUGACAAAAAGGCUCAUGUGUAAUAAGAGACCACAUUUAAACAUCUUUGUAUGGAGAGAAUACAUUAGGGCCGGUGUAAUGUGCAUUAUCAACAGGUAGUUUUAAACCUUUGUGAAAUUGGCCCAUGAAUUCAACAAUGUAACUGGACAUGUAGAAAACCAAACUGCCACAAUUUCCUAUGACAAUAGAGGCUGGGAUUUCCAAGAUAGCAAGGUCACUCACAACACACCACAACUCCGAUAAUGUCCAGUGUGCUUGGCCCGAACGCUUUACUAUGAAGGGGACUUUCUGCGUUGGAACGGCGCUGUUGUGAACACGGACAACACAAUAGCUAGACAUACCGACAUACAAGCAACCAGCAGUAGA